AUGCCGCCACGAGGAGCCCGAAAGGCGGUUGAGGUCAAACGAGAACUAGAGGACGACGAACUACGUUCCCCUAGAAGACAGUCAAAGCGCGUCAAAUCGGCCGCACAAGCAAGAGCUUCAAAAUCCACUGUCGCAACUGAAGAAGAGGUUAAGGAGGAGGUAAAAUUAGAGGCAUUCAUUGAGGCCAAAAAAGAGGAAGCUGAGGAACAAACCACGGCCAAGAAGACGACAAGGAAGAAAACUACCAAGAAAGAUCAAGCGGAGAUCAUGCCUUUGAGGGCUCGCACGCAGGGUCUGCGGAUGUUCGUUGGGGCUCAUGUGAGUGCCGCUGGAGGUGUUUUCAAUGCUGUGAAUAAUAGCAAGCACAUCGGUGGCAAUGCUUUCGCCCUAUUCAUGAAAUCACAGAGGAAAUGGGACAACCCUCCGCUGCAGGAUGAACACAGAGAUAGUUUCGUCAAGCUUUGCAAAGAGCAUGACUAUGAUGCUUCGAAAUAUGUUCUUCCUCACGGCUCCUACCUCGUGAACCUGGCGCAGGAGGACAAGGAUAAAGCCAAGCAAGCAUACGACGCAUUCUUAGACGACCUUCAACGAUGCGAAGCUCUCGGAAUCCAGCUGUACAAUUUCCAUCCCGGAAGCGCAAACAAGACUCCAUUUCCCAGCGCACUCGCUCGGCUCGCAAAAGCUCUGACGAACGCACUCGCCGCCACAUCCACCGUCGUACCUGUCCUAGAAACCAUGUGCGGCCAUGGUACAACAAUUGGUGGCUCUUUAUCUGAGUUCCGCGACCUUCUUGUACUCAUUCCGAAAGAAUACCAUCCGCGCAUUGGUAUCUGCAUAGAUACAUGUCAUAGCUUUGCAGCAGGCUAUGAUCUAGUCUCUCCAACCGGAUUCAAGGCAUUUUUACAGGAGUUCGAAGACCUAAUCGGCAUCCAGCAUCUACGUGCUCUUCAUCUCAAUGACUCCAAGGCACCCGGUGGGAGCAAGCGUGAUUUACACGCAAACAUUGGAACAGGUUUUCUGGGCCUAAGAGCCUUUCACAACGUCAUGAAUGAACCUCGCUUUGAGGGUAUACCCAUGAUUCUCGAAACGCCGAUUGACCGAGUGCCCAGUGCAGCUACUAACGGAGCGAAAGAAGAUGAAUCAGAAGAGGAGAAAGUCGAGUCAGAUGCCAGCGAUGACGAAAUCAAGCCAAAGAAAGCCAAAACCACCAAGAAAAAACAACAGAAGAAGCCAGCUGCAGCCAAAGCAGUCCCUGAUUUCUCUAUCUGGGCUCGUGAAAUCGAGCUCCUCGAGUCUCUGAUCGGGAUGGAUCCCGAGAGUGAUGAGUUCCGUGCCCUUGAAGCUAAACUCUCCGAAGAAGGCCGAGAAACGCGGGAGAAGCAAAUGGAGCAGUAUCUACGGAAGCAGGAGACCGAAGAGAAGAAAAAGGCGAAGAGUGGCGGGAAGCAGAAAACGCUGAUGGAAAUGAUGAAUGGGAGCAAAGGGAGGGCCAAAGCGAGUCAGAAGAAACAGUAUGAGACGGAGAGUGAGGAUGAGGGUUGCCAGAGCUGUUGA